UCUCUCUCUAUAUAUAUAUAAAAGUAAAGCUAUCCUUCUCAGAUGCAGACAAUCUCUUUAUUUAUCUGUUUCACUCAGAUCACGAGAGUCCCUCUUCACCUUGCUUGCAUUUUCUAAUCUCUAAUCUUCACUCGGACGAUCGACGGCAAGCAAUCCUCUUUUCCCAAGAAAAGAUAAAAGGGCAGCGGGCGCAAUUAAUAGGUUCGUCCUCUCUACACUAUACUCAUAUACUUUAAUCAGUGAAAAAGGAGAAAUUAAAGAUUUAAGAGAAGCAAACAAGCGAGAACAACCAAUCAAAUAACAAUGGCGACUAGUGGCUGCAGCGCCCAGACGAAAAGCGGAGCAGGUAAAGAUAAGGGUGAGGUGUUGGACGGUUCGGACAUUAUGGAAUUAGUUGAGAACAAGGAUGUCUUUACAAAUUUCGUGGAUCAUAAGUUCCAAGAACUAGAUCGUGAUAAAGACGGUAAGCUCUCCCUAAAGGAGCUCCAGCCCGCUGUCGCUGACAUUGGUGCCGCUCUCGGCCUCCCUGCUCAGGGUACUUCUCCUGAUUCUGAUCACAUCUACUCCGAGGUUUUGAAUGAAUUCACCCAUGGAACACAACAAGUGAGCAAGACAGGGUUCAAAGAGGUGCUCUUAGACAUCCUAAUAGGCAUGGCGACUGGGUUGAAGCGGGACCCAAUUGUGAUCCUCCGGAUUGACGGUGAAGAUCUCAUUGAGUUCAUCAACAGUCCAAGCUUUGAACCAGAGAUGGUAUCUAUAUUCUCACAAAUACAACCAACCGACCGUUCUCUCCGCAACUACAUUACUAGGGCAUUAGAACAGUUAACAGUAGAUCAUGGGAUGCCGCCUUCUUCAGAUUCUUGGGUUUUGAGCAACAUAGUAGAACCUGCUUUGCAACCCUGUGCUAUCAAUGACCAUGAGAAUCCUCUCUCACAAGAGACAUUAUUGCAAGAAUUCAAGAAAGUGGUGCAGAGGGUGGCCCAACAUCUCAAAGAACAGCCCGUUAUUGUUGCCCAUACUGAAAAUACCUUUGAUGGAAGCAGUAUCAAGAGACUACAGUCCAACAAAUUUGAAUUGGACAAGUCGUUGGAUGAAGCUUUAAAAUGUAUUAAAAAAGAUCGCGACCAUAGGAUUUCGAAGGAGUACCUACGCGUCGUGCUGGAUGUGUUAGCCCCAGUAGCUGGAUUGCCUCCUUACGGCUCAGUUGAUCAGGUGGAUAGAGUUGUGAAUGAGGUGUUCACCAUGGUGAAAGCGGAUGACGGGAAAGCUGUUCCAGAAGAAGAGUUUAAGAAGAUUGUGACGGAAAUCCUGGGAUGCAUUAUGUUGCAAUUAGAGGGCAAUCCCAUAUCAGUUUCCUCCAACUCAGUCAUCCACGAGCCACUUACUUCUUCGACUUUGUUGCCGUCAUCGUCGUCAUGACUAUUCUAUCUGUUGAGACUAUAAAUUAAUUAAGAUGGGAUUCCAGUUUCUACACAGCGAAUAUGAUAAACCAAUAAUAUUAUUGUUCAUACUAGAUCAUGAUUCGGAGAAGAUAGAAUAGACUAGUCAAUUUACUUAUAUAUACAUUUACUGUGCCGUGCAGUUGGGUGCUGAAUAUGGAUGGAAUAUACAAAGUCAUCUCAAGCGAAAUGCAACAUAACAUAUAGAUGUUAUACAUAAUAGUGAUGCAUAUGGCUUGCAUCAAAAGUCGUUAAUCUAGUGAUAUUGUACUGGCCUAUGAUACUGAUAGUGGGACUGUGGGAGGUCUUCCCCCAUUUCUUUUU